AUGCAUUCUUCGAGAAAUAAGGUCAACUCUAUGCGAGGAGGGGCGGCGCGCGCGGGCUGGCGCGCGGGUUCAUGGCCUCGGCCCCCGCGCUGCGGCUCCGGCCGCUCCUCGGGCUGCCUGGGCGGCGGGGGGGGCUGCGGGGGCGCGCCCCCUCCCGCCGCGGCCCCGCGCCGUCGCCAUGGAGACCGGGCGCGGGCGACCCCCGGCGGCGGCGUCUGGUGCUGCAAGGCCGGCCCCGGCCCCGGCCCCGGCCGGAGAGAUCUAAGCAUCUCUGCUGGACCACUCCAGGUAGAAAUCCGAAGAAAGGAUUUCACCUCUUCUGGGAGUAAGAAACUCUACUUCGAUACCCACACCCUAGUGUGUUUAUUGGAAGAAAAUGGGUUCACCACUCAGCAAGCAGAAAUUAUUGUAUCUGCAUUAGUGAAAAUCAUGGAUGCCAACAUGGAAGUGGUUUACAAGGAUAUGGUCACCAAAAUGCAGCAGGAGAUCACUCUUCAGCAGAUCAUGUCUCAGAUUGCUGGUGUGAAAAAGGAUAUGAUCAUUUUGGAGAAGAGUGAAUUUUCAACACUCAGAGCAGAAAAUGAGAAAAUCAAACUUGAACUCCAGCAGUUAAAGCAGCAAGUGAUGGAUGAAAUAGUCAAAGUUCGGUCAGACAACAAAUUAGACUUUAAUCUAGAGAAGAGCCGAGUAAAAGAAUUGUAUUCACUUAAUGAAAAAAAGCUGCUCGAAAUGAGGACAGAAGUCAUGGCGUUGCACGCCCAGCAAGAUCGGGCCCUAACCCAGACCGACAGGAAGAUAGACACAGAAGUGGCAGGCCUGAAAACCAUGCUCGAAUCGCACAAACUAGAUAAUAUUAAAUAUUUAGCAGGUUCCGUAUUUACGUGCCUUACCGUAGCACUGGGAUUUUAUCGUCUAUGGAUAUAAUAAAAUGUUUAUUUAAAGGGA